AUGUGCAAUAAAUUGGGAAUACGGAAACUACAGCAAUCGCAAGCAAAGCUUGUAUCAUAUAUUGGUCACAAAUUAAAAAUAUCUGGAAAAAUUCUGUGCUCAGUGCAGCACAAGAAUAAAUAUUACGCGCUGCAGUUUUACGUUGUACCGGGAAAAGUAGAUCCCAUAUUAGGAUUACCAUCGUGUAAGGAAAUGAACAUCCUGAAGCUUAUAGAGACAGUAAACGAAUUUAGGACUGCAGAAGAAAUUAUCCGAGAUUUCUCAGACGUAUUCGAUAGGAUAGGAUGUAUGAGGGGCAGGCAUCGUAUUCAUGUGGACAAAAAUGUCCCCCCGGUUGUCCAUGCACCGAGAAAAGUGUCAUACAAAAUGCGCGAUAGAUUAAAAGAGGAACUGGAAAGAAUGGAGUCCUUAAAUGUUAUAGAAAGGGUAAAUGAACCAUCAGAAUGGGUUAACUCACUGGUCAUAGUAGAAAAACCGAAUAGGGUAAGAAUCUGUCUGGAUCCCCGUGAUCUUAAUGAAGCAAUUAAAAGAGAACAUUAUCCAAUGAAAACCGUUGACGAUAUAACACAUCAGCUUGCAGGGGCUAAAGUAUUCAGUACUUUGGACGCAUCCUCUGGAUUUUGGGGUAUUGUACUUGACCAGGAAAGCUCAAAGCUAACGAUCUUUAAUACGCCGUUUAGGAGGUAUCGCUACAAACGAAUGCCGUUUGGAAUCUCAUCUGCCCCAGAGGUAUUCCAAAAAAGUUUCAAAUCUUUGAAAAAACUGAAGGAUGUGAUGUCAUAA